UUUAUCAUCGUUUUUAUAAUCAAAUGAACAACACGUUGGGCUCAUUGGUUUGGCUUUAAAAUCGUUAUAAAACUUGUCGUUCGGAAACAUUGUUUACAAAGUUAGCUGCUUUCUUAGAUGGCUAAGGACACACUUACAAAUGGCGAUGCUACAGCAUCAUCUUCCAGGUAUGUGUACAACAUUUGUAUUGGUAUAUAAAAUAUGUACUUUUUAUAUACAAACAUAUUCAUAUAAUCCUAUUCUUUGCUGCCUCCAUAAUCUGGCUAUAUAUUCUCGUCUGUAGCGGCCGUAAUUAGUCAGCUCUCACAAUCAUGUUUUUUGCACAUAUACUUUAGCAUGUUUUGUGCGUUAUUAUGAAGCACAUUUGGCAAACAAAUUCUGUUUGUGCAAUUAUUCUUCCAGGGAUGGGAGCUUUAUUAAAUAAUUAACAAGACGAUCUAUAGAGCGUUAUUAAACUCGCUGGGGCUAUACAAACACGCACAUUACUUAUAUGAUACUGCAAUCAAAUUGGCAAUUGAAGAGUUGUCAUCCGACUCUUGUUGGAAAAUCCUUGACUGUUCUUAUAAAACCAUAUAUAGCAGGUAUGGUUAGCAUACUGUAAUUCUUUGUCGUUGAUUUACAGUAAGAUUGCUACUGUCGGUCAGGUAAGAUAGCUAGUGUAGACUGGAUAUAGGUUCAUGUCUUGCUGUACAAGAGCUAGGGGUCAGCGGUUAGGGUUAGAGUCAGGAUAAGGAUGAAGGACUCGUCAUUCAUAAACAGCGAGACAUGAAUUUAUAACCUUCUGAUUUGACUUCCACUACCGCUACCAGUGGUGUGACACUCAUUAGGUAUUUAAUUGGGUAAGUUCAAAAACUAAGGGCCCCCGAUAGUUAGGGGCCCCCAUCAGCCAUGGCAUAUCGCUUUGAAAAAAUGCAGGUUAAGAAUCAAUGGGAAAAUGCAAAAUUAGUAAUGCUAAAUAAUAAAGCAUCCAUCGACAACGGUAACUGAUUUUGUUAUUCCAUAUGAAAUAAAACAUAUGUUAUUCUUAUUAGGGACCGAUUACAUCGAGCACCUUGUUGACCGGGUUGAAAUUUCAGCCCAGCAGGGCUUCAGUUAGAAGGGUUGAAAUUUCAACCCCUCAUUAAACUCUACUCUGUGUUGAAAAUUUUGUCAUGUAAUUGUUUCACCCUCAACAGGGGCUGAAAUUAUUCAUGAGAUAUUCAAGCAUGUGUGGUAUUGACUAUUUAUUACAAGAAAACAAAAUGGAGGCUAUCGAGCAGUUUUUUACUUCCUGGAAUCCAUGCCGGAACGUAUAGCAUUUCAAGCCCAGGUUUGAAAUUGUCUAUGUAAUUGCAAAAAUUUAAACUUGGUUAGGGACUGGUCAUAAUUUAGCAGGAAGUGUGGGGAGGUGGAAACAGUGGGGGGUCACAUAUGUUUUAGCAAGGAAAAGGAGGGUUCAUAAAAUAUUAGACAGUUUAUGAAGGCGGGGAGGGGUUCUGCUGUUUUAGUUCAAUUAAUUGUUUUAUACAUGCCUUUUCACAUUUUGUUUGAGUUGCAUUCAUUUGAAAAAAAUGGAUUCUUUAAACUUUUAUAUGACUAUGACUUUAAAGUUUUAUAUAUGACUGUGUAUUGGUAUAAUAUAAAUUUUAGUACUUGAUUUAAAGUGCAACUAGAAAAUUAGAAAAUUGAAAGUGUAAUUACUAUUUUUUUGAAUGCAGUAGGUAGGUAUUUUACUGACACGAGCAAGAGAGGUGGGUGGGGGGCAUUAUUUUUCUGGGUUAUGUCAAAGCAGGGUCACAAAAUAUCAUUCCUUAAAAUUUUGAAUUACACCUCUGCACCCCCCUGAUAAAUUAUGACCAGUCCCUUAACAGGGCUGAGUUCAACCCCUGGGGUUGUUGAAAGUGCUCCAUGUAAUUAUCAGCAUCUUGUGUUGGAGACUGAUGUUUUUAUAGACAAUUAGACACUUUAUUUUCCAGAACAUUCUAUAAAUAUUCAAUAUAGCUAAAUAUAAUAUCUCAGGGGGGGAGAAAUGUCUUAAAAAAAAUGUCCGUACUAACCUAAGCGUAAAAUUUUUACCAAGCUUGUUGUCAACCUUGGACAAGCUGUUGCCAAGUUGGACCUGCAACUUUGACCAACUUUAAACAAAUAUUUUCCUUUUUGACUAACUUUGACUUAUUUUUGAAUUAUUGCCCCAGUAGGGACGUCCCUGCAACUAGGCUUGAUUACCAGCUUCCCGAAUGCUGACUGGUAAUCAAGCCUAUAUGUCAGCAGGAUAUUUAAAACGCUAUAACACUCGAUCAGGGACGAAUACUUGUAUUUGAUAUAAUUUUUUUUUAAUAAUGCACUUGCUCCAUUGAUGCACAAAACAUAUAAAAUUAUCAACCUUAUAUUACAGUGCAGCAAAAUGUGAAAAGAAGUUAAAAGGUGGAGAUACGAUAGAAAAGGUAUUAAAAUUAUUCAGAACUUGAGGGCAUCAAUCUCAGUGCAGUGAUUUAGGCGUAAAAAAUACCUGUGGUUCCGGUUUCAUAUCGUGAAAAAUUAGGGUCGGUAGGUCAGAAAUAAUUUUUUUAAAAUUAUUUUUUCAUGGUUUUGGUGAUUUUUGCUGGCUGGGCAAUUUGCAGUAGAGUCCCGACAUCAAUAAUAACGAGAGAUGCGUAUUUCCUAUGGACGAAUUUAGGCAAUUUGGUUCAAUAAUUAGUGUGCCAUUUUGGCACGCUGUAUGAGCAGCCCGCAACCACCUGGAGAAAAUAGGGUCGCACGGUCAAUCGUGUUGAAAAAAUAAUAGGGUGGGCAGAAAAAAUAGGGUCGGUCGGGAACCGGAACCACAGGUUUUUUUAUGCCUUUUAUAGAGAAUAAGACAACAAGCCAUAUUUUGCAACAGGAGCACAGGAACUUUGGGUCUCCUAAUUAAACAUGAUUUCCUACAUUUUAGGUGUUGUUAUAAUGACUGUGGAUAUGCAUAUUAAACCAAAAAUUACAAACACUACCGAUUAUGGCUAGAAUUACACUGAUCUGAAUAUAAGGAAAAAUAGCAUUACUGCAUGGUGUGAUCAUGACCCUAAAAAUGGAAUGAAAAUUAAUAGGAAUGGCUGUGUUUUAAUUGCACAGUAAUGCCAAAUACUAUAUGAAGUUAGCAAAAAUUUAAUGAUUUCAAAGAUUAUUUCAGUCUUGAUAAGAUACAGGUAGUACUCAUCCCGCACCCCCUCCCCAACUCAAAGGAAUUAUUAACCCACUACACCCCCUUGAACAAGGCUUGCACUUUUCAUAUGUUCUUUACAUAUGUAAUAUCGAAUAAGUACCUGCAAUUAUACAAUACCUGCAAUAUAUACAAUUAUAUACAAUACAUACAAUUAGUACCUGCAAUAUAUACAAUACAAUUAGUACUGUACCUGCAGUAUAUACAAUUGAACCAAUCUUGUCUAAUGUCGCUGAUCUUUUGUCUUGGAUCAUAAUGGCCACUAACACAGAGUUAAAUCAAUUAGGCCGGCUUAGGUGAGGGGGACAGUAAUUCCAUGCCAUUUCAACACAGGCAUGACACCCACCCUCUCCAAAUUUCUUUAUAUUUCGCAAGCAGUUAACAUUGUGUGGGAAUAGUUUAGUUCAAAAUUUGAGCAUCUUAGCUGCAAUAGUAUUUUGAGAUAUUUGAAUAUGGCCUGAAAAGCAAAAAAAUGGGCGUGGCCAGUGCUAAAUUCACCAUUACCCUAUUUUACAUUUUGACCUGUAACUUCAUACCCGUACAUGGUAUAUCCAUCAAAAUUUGCACAAAGAUGUAUUUGUAUGCGGAGAUUUCAAAUAUUGCACUUUCAUCUUUGUAUCUGCAACUAGUAAAUAAUGUGUUAUGGCACAGCAAAAAGUCUAAUUAUGUUUCUGAAGACACGAAAUAUACAUCAUCUUUAUUGGAAAUUUUUUUAUGGAAGCCAUACAUACACAACCGUAAUUUUUAUUCCACAUCAUAUCCACAUGCUAUUCUACUUUCAAGCAAAAUUUGGUGAUGGUUAGUUGCCUGCUUUAAAAAGUAUAGAGCCUUUUAAAGUUGUUGUAUUUUCUAAAUAACUUUAAUAGUACGUUUAGGGUGUUUGUUCAGAAUAAAAUACAUCCAUUGAGAAAUGAGACUGCCAAAUACCUUAAUGUUUGAUUCUAUCAUUUUUUUUAAUAGUACAUUAUGCUCUCCAAGAGUAACUGUUAUUUCUUGUAUCAAAUUGCCUUUGAUCAAAAUCGAUGCAGUAUAUAUAGAGAUCACUACUGUUUAUCCAUGAAUGUGCGUAAGACUUCUUGGUCUUUAGGCUGCAGUUUGUACUGCCUCUCAGUGACUAUUGUUGGAACGCCAAUGUUAGAAAUAAUGUUCUCAUCCGAAACACAACAAAUAUUAGUGAUUGAUCGAUUAUUAUCAAUUAUUCAUCCAAUAAUCUACCCGAUUCUGAUUUUCUAUGACGUCAUAAUCCAUUUCGAGAUUUAUAAUGAUAAUUUACAACGUAACAUGUUACUAGUAGCAACCAAGGUUCGUUAAACCUGGACAUAAAUGACACACUUCACGUAUUAUUUCGUCGCGGCAACGGUUUGCUCCACACCUACUAUGCAACAAGCUACCGUUCGCGCAAGAGAUUAAACAGUUGUUGUUUUCACAUAAAAAAAGUGCAUUCAACGUGUAUCACCGCGCAAUAUAUAUGAUUUUUAAAGUGCGUAUUUUCUCAACAUCAGUUUUACACAAUCAGAAAAUACAAAUUAUUCUACCGAUUCCGAUUGUCUACCGAUAAGCAAAAAUCGGUCCUAUUCCGAUUAUAAUUUUUUAUUUACUUUUUAUUAAAAACAUCUUGUAACACGGUAGCUAAUCAACUGAAAAAAUAUUAGCAAGGUUGUCGUUACUUUUCACUAGGCCGUGUACUUACAGACAGUAUAAGAGAUUCCCAUGCACCCACCCUCCCCGAACCACCCAAAUAAUAUUAGAAAGACAUUGAAAGUUUAUUAUUCACUCCAACCCCACCCAGAUAAAACUAUAUAAAAAUUUUAUUUCUUUCAAUCCAAACUUUAGCGGCAGCGUAACCGAAAGUUCGUUUCACUGAAUUUGUUUUUGGCUUCAACAACAUCAACUUAUUUUUGUUAUUUUUUAAUUCAUAUCGAUCUGAAUUAUAUAGUUUAUAAACAUGUCCGAAAUGUUAUCGUGAAAUUUGCAUCUAAGUGCUUUUGAUACAUAUUUUAGUUGUUGUUCCGUCCUUCUUUCACCUAACGUUUUCCAAUCUAGUUUCUUUAAAAUAUCUAUGGAGCGUAUUUCAUAUUAGUCACCCGUAAUAAUUUUUGCAGCUCAGUUUUGGAGUUUCUGAAGAUUGCCUCUUAAAGAUUCGCCACAGUUGCCCCAAAUCAUCGAGCAGUAAUCAAAGUGUGGUUGGACUAAAGCUCGAUAAAGAUGUUUAAGAGUUUCCGUUGAAACGUAUGGCUGACACGAGUACACGACGUAUGGCUUCCAUAAAAAAUUUUCCAAUAAAGAUGAUGUAUAUUUCGUGUCUUCAGAAACACAUAAUUAGACUUUUUGCUGUGCCAUAACACAUUACUGGUUGCAGAUACAAAGAUGAAAGUGCAAUAUUUGAAAUCUCCACAUACAAAUACAUCUUUGUGCAAACUUUGAUGGAUAUACCAUGUACGGGUAUGAUCAGGGUAAUGGAAAAUAGGGUAAUGGUGAAUUUAGCAUUGGCCACGCCCACUUUUUUCUUUUCGGGCCAUAUUUCGAAUUGCGAUAUCUCAAAAACUGUUGCAGCUAUGUUGCUCAAAUUUUGAACUUAAACUAUUCCCACAUAAUGUUAAUUGCCUGCGAAAUAUAAAGAAAUUUGGAGAGGGUGGGUGUCAAAUCAGUUGGGUUUUUUUGUGUUGAAAUGGCAUGGAAUUACUCCCCGAGAGACUUGGGCUUCAGUCCCCUGCUGCUCCUGGUUACAGUAAGUCUAGUAAAUAUAUACAAAUUCUGCUCUGGACGAUAUAUAAUAUUCUUAAACUUUCAAUCCUAGGAUUGUGUAGAAAAUGGUCAUAUUGAAAAUGGUGUGACAAAUGGUACUGAACAUUGUCACAAUAAUGGUUUUCAUACUAAUGGUGUUGAGAAUGGACUCAGUGAAGUUGAUGGUCAAGUAUGUUUGCUUUCUCUAAGUUGCAUUAUAUUGCUAAAUGUCGAUUUCUUCUAUUUCUUUAAUGCUUUAUCUUUAAAACCCCCUGCAGUAACUGCAGUAAAGGAAUACUGAAUGGUUUUCUGUGCAGGAUUGCGAUUUACGCUUUCCAGAAGUUGAGAAACAUCUCAAGUGCAUGAUCACGCUAUUCUGCAUGAGAGAAACAUUCAGUGAUUGUUUAAAUUUAUAAAAUAACUACUGUGAAACAAUGGUUAAUUCAUUCUCUGUAGUUAUUGUAAACCUUUGUUCACUGUUUUUGUGAAUUUUCCGCUAGUUUAAUAUACUGUUAUUGUUUAUUUCACACAUUAUUUCACACCUAGCUGACAGGUCGUUAGUCGGAUAUUUGUCGAUUUUUCUGGUCGGACAAUGUCCAACAUAUGGCUAAAUCGUGCCAUGCCUCUCAGUACCGACGACGAUUAUUUGAUAAUGAGCAUAAUUAAAAUGGUUACUGUCGUUUUUCAAAAACAAUUGAAUUCAGCAUAUGUGAAGUAUGGCAUAUGAAUUAAACGGGUCUCACCGUCUUAGCUAUAAGCAAGUAACAUAUUAAAUCUAACUACAUCGUUGCUAGUUGGUAUAUCAACCCACCAGAUUUUAGUGUUGAUAAAUUCAAUUGCUUUGAGGCACUUGUCAGUAAGAUAUGGAUGCUGAGGGCCUGCAUGGAGUAUUUUAUUAUGGGUGAUAUGAACGCUAACCUACUGUAAUUGCUUCUAAUCUGGACAAUAAUUCGCGUCGCUUAACCGAUAUUGCCGAUGUUUAUGGCCUUCAGCGACUUAUCAGUGAACCAACUCGCGCUUCUAGCUUUUCUUCUACUAUCAUUGACUUAAUUUUUACUAAUUCUCCUACUAGGGUGGUUUGCUCCGCGGUGUCUCCCACAUCAGCAUUAGUGAUCAUAGUCUUAUUUAUGUUUUUCGCAAACUUGCAGUUGGUUUAUCUAUUAAUCAUCAUUCGAUCAACUGUAACUUACAGAAAAUUUAAAAAUUUUAAUUCCGCUAGCUUUCGCCAUGACAUUUCUUCUUAAGACUGGAACUCAAUUAGUGAACUUAAUUAUCCUAAUAGCAUGUGGCAUAUUUGGAGAAACAUGUUUUUGAAUGUCGCUGACAAGCAUGCUCCUAUUCGGACGAAGCGUGUUGGUUCCUUUAAGUCACCCUGGAUUACGUCUCAUUUGAAACAAUGCAUGCACAGAAGAGAUGUUUUAAAGAUUCAAGCAAUUCGCUCAAAUGAUCCGAUCGAUUGGCGUGCUUUCAAAAACUGUCGUAAUAGUGUGAACAAUGAAAUAAAAUUGGCUAAACAAAGAUAUUACAAAGAGGCUUUUCGUGAGUGUGUAAGCAAUCCGCGCAAAAUAUGGGGAGUUAUAAAUGAACUUACAUCAAGAAAAUCUAAAAGUUCCUUUGUUAAUUAACGAGAUAAAAUGCGAAGGCGUGUCAAUAACUGAUUCGUCGGAUCUCACUGAAGCCUUUAAUGACCACUUUGUCACUGUUGGUCCAAAACUGGCUGAUGAAAUUUCGACUAGCGUAAACAAUCGCUCUCUCCUAUAUUAUCUCAGUAGUCAUAUACAUGACCAUGAACCCUUUCAGUUAGAAUAA